AUGUAUGUAUGCUUGUAUGAAUCUAUCUUUCAUAGUCUGUUUACAUCUAUCUAUCUAUCUAUCUAUCUAUCUAUCUGUAAUGACAAAUUACGCAGGUUUUCUUUCUUCCAUUCUUCCUUUCUUUCUUCCUUUCUUUCUUUCUUUCUUUCUUUCUUUACGUCCCAAUAUCAUUCUCUUUCUCCUGCUACCUAUCUAUAUAUCCUCUUCUUUAUCAUAAAUGAACUGUUCUGUUUCUACCAAUUUACCCCAUCUUUCGACCAAAGCACUUGCGCGCAUUCUUCGCCUCGACUUCCGGCUAGUUUUUUUUCUCCUGCACUUUUUUCUCACGUCUCUCGCUGGUUUAUUUCGGAUUCCCUUUCAACCUGUUGCCUUGUCUUCAUUCUUCCUGAGACUCUCUCUCUCUUUCUCUCUCUCUUUCUCUCUUUCUCUCUCUCUCUCUCUCCUUCCCCUAUCUUUUUCACCUUUCCAUUUGAGAACUCUAUUCUAUCUCUUCCUUCCCAAAACACUCUUAUUACGUCCUCUCUAUUUCUCGCACUUCUUUUAAUUUUACUAUGCACUGGUCCGUUUCUCUCCUUUGUCCUCUAUAUCCGCGGACUAUUUCUUUUUCUUUCUUUUCCUGAAAACUACAUUUUCUUUCUUUCUUUCUUUCUUCUGAUAUCUCCCUUUCUUUUCAAUAGUACUCCACUCUUCCUUUCUUUCUUUCUUUCUCUUUCUUUCUUUCUUUCUUUCUUUCUUUACGUAUGUCCUCUACUUAUACCCAUCCGAUCUUUCCUUCUAGAUUCUUUUUCUUCUGUUUCUUCUUUGGCGUCGUCGUUAUGUUUUUUUUUCUUUCUUUCUUUCUUUCUUUCUUUCUUUCUUUCUUUCUUUCUUUCUUUCUUUUUUCUUUUUCUCCUCUCUCACUUCUUUCUUUCUUUCUUUCUGUUUUUCUUUCUGUUUUUCUGUCUUUUUUUUCUUUCUUUCGCGUAUAUGCUCAAUUCAUACCCACUCUUUCUAGCUUCUUCUUCUUCUUCUUCUUCUUCUUCUUCUUCUUCUUCUUCUUCUAAAUACUCGCACUUUAUUUUUCUUGCAAAGCCAUUCUUGAUUUUCUCUCAUUUAGAACUCCAUGUGUGUAUUGACGUAUUUUCUGAGUCAUUAUACGCCUUCAAGAAAGGAGGGCAGCAAAAAUUUACUUUGUUGGGAGUUGCAAUGAGUCGCCGUUGUCGUCGUCACCGCCGUCGCCAUAACCCUCACCCGCUUCGUCAAUGUCCUCGAACAGGGUGGCGGUGGCGGCGACAUCGGAGAGGAAAACAUAAAAAGAGAAGAGGAAGAACUAAAGAAAAAAGGUGGCUGGGCAAAGAAAGUAGGCAAACAAGAAAAAAAAAUGUGGCAGAAAGAAACAGAGAAAGGAAAGUCCGAUUCCGAAGGCGACCAGUGAUCAAUCAUUUAAAUAUACAUACUUUUCACUUUUCUGUCGCUUUCUUUUCAUUCUUCAUCUUCUUCAUCUUCUUCUUCUUCUUCUUCUUCUUCUUCUUCUUCUUCUUAUUAUUAUUAUUAUUAUUAUUAUUAUUAAUCGUUCCACUCCUUUACUUCUGCUUUCCAUAUUCUUCUUAUUAUCAUUUUAUUUCUUCUUCUUCCUCCUUCUUUCCAUCUUCUUCUUUUCUUCUUCUUCUUCUUCUUCUUCUUCUUCUUCUUUUUCUUCUUCUUCUAUUACUACUACUACUACUUAUUAUUAGUAGUAGUAUUAGUAUUUUAUAUCUUCUCUUUUCCUUCUUUUUAUCUUUUUCCUCCUCCUUCUUUUUUCUUCUUCUCCUUUUUUUUCUUCUUCUCCUUUUCCCCACCUUCUUCUCCUUUUCUUCUUCUCCUUUUUUUCUUCUCCUUUUCUUCUUCUUCCUUUUCUUCUUCUCCUUUUCUUCUUCUCCUUUUUCUUCUUCUCCUUUUUUCUUCUCCUUUUUUUCUUCUUCUCCUUUUUUUCUUCUUCUCCUUUUCUUCUUCUCCUUUUUUCUUCUCUUUUUUUCUUCUUCUCCUUUUUCUUCUUCUCCUUUUCUUCUUCUCCUUUUUCUUCUUCUCCUUUUUUCUUCUUUUUCUUCUUCUCCUUUUUCUUUUCUUCUUUUUUCUUCUCCUUUUUUCUUCUUCUUUUUCUUCUUCUCCUUUUCUUCUUCUCCUUUUUUUCUUCUCCUUUUUUCUCCUUUUCUUCUUCCUUUUUCUUCUUCUCCUUUUUCUUCUUCUCCUUUUCUUCUCUUUUCUUCUUCUCCUUUUUCUUCUCCUUUUCUUCUUCUCCUUUUUUCUUCUUCUCCUUUUCUUCUUCUCCUUUUUCUUCUUCUCCUUUUUUCUUCUUCUCCUUUUCUUCUUCUCCUUUUCUUCUUCUCCUUUUUUCUUCUCCUUUUUCUUCUUCUCCUUUUUUUCUUCUUCUUUUUUUUUUCCUUUUCUUCCUUUUUUCUUCUUCUUUUUUCUUCUUUUUUUUCUCCUUUUUCUUCUCCUUUUUUUCUUCUUCUUUUUCUCCUUUUUCUUCUUCUCCUUUUCUUCUUCUCCUUUUUCUCCUUUUUCUUCUUUUCUUCUUCUCCUUUUUUUUCUCCUUUUUUCUUCUUCUCCUUUUUUCUUCUUCUCCUUUUUUCUUCUUCUCCUUUUUCUUCUUCUCCUUUUUUCUUCUUCUCCUUUUUUCUUCUUCUCCUUUUUCUUCUUCGUAUUAUUUUUCGCCUUCUUCUUUUUCUUCUUAAUUCUUUUUCUACUUCUUUUUAUUAUUUCUUCUUUUCCUUCUUCUUUUUCUUCUUCCUCUUAUUUUAUUCUCUCUCUUGCUUGCCUCAUUAUUUUACUGUUGUUCCCCUUGAAUAUGUAUUUAUCUAUCUAAUUGGCUUUGUAUCUGUCUAUCUAUUUCAUUCUGUUCACAUCUAUCUAUCUAUCUAUCUAUCUAUCUAUCUAUCUAUCUAUCUAUCUGCCGGUUAA